GCCCCUCACAGGACACUUCCCCGCAGGAACAGAGGUGUCAUGCGGCCCCAGGUGCUCUUCGUUGCUGCCUUCCUCGUACUCCUGGCCUCUGCCCGAGCCGUGGAGACCGAGGAAGCCUCCCUUCUCAGUGUCAUGCAGGGCUACGUGCAGCACGCCAGCAAGACCGCCAAGGAUGCACUGACCAGCAUGCGGGAGUCCCAGAUGGCCCAGCAGGCCAGGGGCUGGGUGACCGACGGCUUCAGCUCCCUGAAAGACUACUGGACCACCGUUAAGGACAAGUUCUCCGGGCUCUGGGAUUUGAACCGUGAGCCCAGACUAACUUAGGCCUCCUGAGGCAUCGACAGCCCGAAUCAACCUGUCCAUUCAUCCUGCCAGAUCCUUGGGCCCUGCAGCCUCCAGGGCUGCCCCCACAGGUCACCGGAAAGGGACAGUGUUUU